GCGCCACUUCGUGUCCGAGUGAUCCGCGGGCGUGAGUGCGAUACGUGUGUGUGCCCGUGGACUGCACCCCGCCAGGACUGAGUGCUCGACUCGCCGCAGCGACACCGACACCACCAUGCGACUCACCACAGGAGCGGCAGCAGUGCUGCUGCUGGCGCUGGUGGUCAGCGGCGCGGAGGAGGAGAAGAAGAAGGCAGCGGAGCCCGCCGAGGAGAGCAAGCAGGGCAAGGAGCUCAUCAUGCUGGAGCUGGAGAGGGUCGUCGACUCGAGGGACAAGCGGCAGACGGAGGGCGAGGCCGACUUCACGAACAAAGAGGUGCCUCCCGAAUACCUGAGCCUGCUGCAGCAGCUCCAGGGCGCCGAGGGUGCUCCCGGCCCCGCCGACGGCCAGCCACCGGUGCAGCAGUACUACAUCUCCAGGACUCCGUCCGGGGUGAUCUCUGGUGGGCCGCUGGACCGGUCCCCGCAGCGCUUCACCCCGGCCCCCGGCGAGCCGCGGCCCUUCCGCCCCCGCGACCCGGUGCUCAACGCCAUCUCGCGCCAGAACUCGGAGCUGCAGGCCGAGUACCAGCGCAAGGCCAUCCGCGACCAGGAGACGGUGUUCCUCGCGCCGCGCGGCCCCGUCGGCUCCGACCCUCCGCGCGCCGGGCCGCUGGCGCUGGCCGGCCUGUACCGCGGCGGCCAGCCUCCCCCGCAGCCGCAGCCCGGCCUGGGCCCCGUGCCCCGCGGCCAGUCCCUCGGGCUCGCCGCCGCCCAGCCCCAGCUGCAGGCCUACGGCGCGCACGACGCCCGCCUGAGAGCCGCCUUGCAGAGUGCCGACGUCAUCCAGUCCCCCCAGCCUCAGUACAUCUCCCCCCAGUACGUGCAGCAGCUGCAGGCGCGUGGACUGGCCGCCCUGAGCGGUGGCCCUGCCUCCGAGCUCAGCCUGGUGCGCGAGGCGGCGCAGCAGCAACAGCUGCAGCUGCAGAGUCGGCAGCCGCAGCCGCAACAGCUACAGUUGCAGCCCGUGCCACGCGCGCAGCCCCAGCCCCAGCAGCAACCCCAGCCCCAGCAGUUCAUCAACUUCCAGGAGCUGAGUCCAGCAGAGCAGAGAUUCGUCCAGCGCCAACAAGAGCAGGAGACCGCACCGCCCCCAGGACCUCGGUAUGUGCUCCAGCCUGGCUCACAGCAGCUGCAGGCUCAGAUCGCCGCGCAACAGGUGCAGGAGUCCCCGCUGCAGCUGGCGCAGAGGGAGCAGGAGCAGGCCCAGGCUGAGGAGCAGUACUUGCGCGAGACCACCCCCGGCGGUCCCCCUCCGCUGCCCCUGAACCCCGUCCGCUCGCCCCAUCAGCUGCAGCUGCAGCAGCAACAACAGCAGGCGCUGCAGCAACAGCUUCAGCAGCAGCUCCAACAACAGCAGCAGCAAGCGCCGCAGCACACCCCCCGCACCGUGUUGCAGCCCUCGCCACUCUACCUCCAGCAGGUGCAACAACUUGCGGAGCAGCAGUCACUGGCCCGCCAGCAGAUCGCUGCUCAGCAGCAGCUGGCUCAACAACAGCAGCAGCUGCAGCAGCAGCCCACCGAGGAGGUGCAGUACAUCAGGCAGCCCCAGCGCUACGCCGCCCCCGCCAGGCCCGCCCCCGCCCGGGCGGCCCCCGGCCCCCAACUCACCACCCCUCGUUCCUCCAUCUACGUGUCCACGGCCACGGCUAGUCCCGUGUCCCGCGCGCCCGCGCCGCCGCAACAGCCCCGCCAGUCCGUCACCCUGGAGCAGCUGCUGGCCGCCGGCGCCGAGGAGGUCGACAGCGGCUCCAAGCAGGCUGGUCUGCCCGUCGUCCGCCUGCCCGCCAGCUCCAAGACUCUGAGCCAGACCGACCUGCAGCAGCUCAUCGAUGCCGGCUUUGACGUGUCCCCCGUCCCCGAGGCCCGCGACCCCACGGCAACGGCGUAUUACCGGUCGAGCGCGGCCGGCGACUACCAGGCGCAGCAGGCGGCCGCGCAGAGGUUCGCGCCCAUCGUGGUCCCGGAGCAGGCGCCGCAGCCCCGGCUGUCGGCACGGCAGCGACAGGCGCUGCUGCAGGCGCAGGAGGACGCCUACCUGCAGGCCGCGCAGCAGGCGCAGCAGGGCCGGGGGGUGCGCCUCGGCAGCAGCGGCAACUGAUCGCAGCGCAGCGGCCAAGAGUUACCACACCUGCCAAAAUAAAUGUCCACGGGGGCCAAAGACACAAUAUUUUAUCUCAUACGUCAGGCACAUUCAUGUUCAUGGUACAAGCUGCCUUGUCUAAAGUCCACUGCUACCUAUGUGUCAGACAUACAUUAGGUGUUACCGCAGAUAUAUACAUCCCCCCUGCUCCCCCACGAGCCAUAGCUGAUGUCUGAUACACGUGAGAGUUACCAACACCAAUUGCCAAAAUAUUGUUAAUAUUCAUUGUAAUUAGCUUUUGUGAUCUAUUUUUGGUGAACUGAGAAUUGUUAGACCAUUAUUUUUUGUUACGUGAGUUUUCGAGAGAAGCCGGUUGCGUCCCGGCCUAAGUUAUCUUAGUACCUACUUUUGCGUUGGGCCUCCAGCUCACGCGAGUCGUUUGUGCGCGUGAAUGUGAGUUUGUGUGAGAGAGAGAGUCUGAGUGAUGUAUGUUUUUUUUUUUUUUUGUAUUUCCUG